CCCUCCACCUACUCCCCUCCCUCUCCCCCAUCGCGUCGUCUGCCAGUCGUCUGCUCACGAAAACGCGAAAUAGGGAUUGAAUCUCAGAUUAAUUGUCAUUUUGCGAAUAUUGUAUACUGAUGCGAUUGAUUACCACCGCAAUUUUCUGUGAUGUUUAGUUAUUAAAAAUAGCAUUUCCUGAGCCCGUGGGACUAAGUUCUGUUCUUUUGCGGGGCGGAGUGAUUCGGAAAGGUUACUGUGAGGUACAGGAGAGCACAUCACAGCACCUAAAGUUCAUAAAUCAACUAGCUUAUCGGAAUCUUCAGUCCCCUUGUGGCAGAGAGAUGUCAUUUCUUUCAUUCAUAGUCUUCCUUCUUUUUGCGGUUUCUACAACUUUGGCUGUUGAAGAAGAUCCAAAAUGCAAGGAACCAAAUUCCAAGUGUGUUGUGAGCACAAAAGUAUUUACUAUGAAGGUUGCUCCUCAAUUAUUCAAAUGGGAAGCAUCAGAUGAUCAGCCAGAUCGAUACUCUUAUCAGCCCAGCCUUAAGGGGUCACCCGAUUUACCAUCUUGGAUGCAAUAUAUUUAUAGCAAAACUUAUCAUUCUGGGUUCAUCUAUGGUACACCUCCAGCUAAUCAAGCUGAUUUUACAUUGGAGAUAGUUGCGGUCGAUCUUCAAAGUUACAAUACAAGCCAGAGGACAAUUAACUUUGUAGUUCUUCCAAGGAAAGAACCUGCUCGACAUCAGGUCCAUUUAAAAAUUUACAACUUGGCCGUGGAAGAUUUGUUUGACCCACAUUACUUGGAUGAUUUACUAAGCAUUUUUCGUGCAGAAUUAUGGACAGAAGCCAUCCAUGAUUUACAUGUAUCUUUCUUUGCAUCGGCUGUGCAUCUGGGGGCAAGAUUGCCUCUUCGACCUGAUGAAAAAGAAGGUGUUGUUGUAUUCCUCAGUAGUGCAGCAAAUUUUUCUGAAAAUCUUUUAAGAUUAGAAAAUGAAACAAAACCUCUGGAAAAAUUAAGGAAACAGUCAUCAUGUCCUCGGGACUUCAAGCGAACGACAGUAGAUCGCCUCUUCCGGCAAUUGAACUUUGAAGUAGAUUGGUGUGAAUUUGAAUUGGUGAGAGAUACUCAGCCCAAAGAAGACAGUUAUGUUUUCAUUGAUAAAAGUCUGUCAAAAACCUUCCUUUCCUUGAAUUUACCACUAUGGCAUAGUCCUUCUCGCUCGGAAGUUCCAGAACGCUCAUAUGUACAUGAGUUUCUUUUGUCAAUCCUGGUCCCAAUGUUGGUGAUGAUAAUACUUGCCAUAUUGCUGUCUUUAAUCUUGUGUUUCCAUCAUGAAGGAAUAGAUGAUGGGUCCAGUGAUUAUUUUGAUUCUAUAUUUGAUAUUUGUGAAGAUGUCUGGGGAAACAAAAGAAAUCAGGACACACCAGCUGUCCAAAUGGUUCGGUAUGCAGCGGUCCAGAGGGCAACAAGUACUUUGCGUUCUCUUUCUGCUCAAAGAGAUUCAUCACCAGCAUUGUCUCGAUUGGCGCCAGAGAGGCAUAACAUAUUUGGACCUAAUCCUCCACCCUACAAUUCAGGAACAAGAAGCUCUAAAAUAGAUUUUUGACCCUUGGAAAAGCCAAGGACCUGGUAUUGUUAAACCAGGGCUUGCGGCGAAACUCAUUAUGUCUGUUGCGUAUCAUUUGCUUGAACCAUAAGGUCUAGUCAGAGCAUAUGAGGUUCUUGUUAAUACUACAAAAAUAUUGUGUUGUGAAGCAAGAAAAAGGUACUUAAAUGAGAUGUGUUUACUUCAACUGCCAACUGUUGUUCUCAUUCCACAACUCAUGAUUGCAGCUUUUUCAUUUGAUGUGUUUAUAUUAUAACUGCCACAAACUACUGCCUACUGCCAUUUGCAUAUGGUUUACAUUAAGUUAUUUCUUCUGGUUUCUAGUUGAUUUAUCCUUUUCACCACGACUGAGGCCACAAAGUAGGUUUGAAUAUUUCAAGUUAGCAGUACCUAACAAAAUAUUUGUGUAGAAAUUCUAAGCAUAGUUAUGCUUUCCAUGUGAAAUUAUUAAACUAUAUAAUUAAUGUCCAGGCAUAGCCAUGAAAAUCAUAUCAAAUAAAUCUUACGCUACUUA